GGCCACCCACCUUCUGCCCUAGAACGCUGUGCCGACCCCGUGGCAUGGCUUCGGAUCGUGUAACCUGCAAACGCUCCCGUCGACACGCUCACCUGCAGGGCAUAUGACCCCCCACCCCCAGCCCGGCCGAUUUCAGAGGGGUGCUCUGAAGUUAGAAGCAUUUGAGUCACGAAACUCGGGUUCCUCUUGAGCCAUUUCGGAAACCUCCCAAGAGUCAGUGGUGCCACUUGGGGGCCUGACCCGUUGCCAGAGACGGCGCCAAAUGCUUUCCUUCACUAUGGGUUCUGAGAUUCACCAUGGCCAUCACACAAUUCCGGUUGUUUAAAGUUUGCACCUGCCUAGCAACAGUAUUCUCAUUCCUAAAGAGGUUAAUAUGCAGGUCUGGGAGAGGACGGAAAUUAAGCGGUGACCAAAUAACUUUGCCAACUACAGUUGAUUAUUCAUCAGUUCCUAAACAGACAGAUGUUGAAGAGUGGACUUCUUGGGAUGAAGACGCGCCCACAAGUGUAAAGAUUGAAGGAGGGAACGGAACUGUGUCAGCACAACAGAAUGCUGUGGAGCAACUGGAACCUGACUAUUUUAAGGACAUGACACCAAAUAUACGGAAAACUCAGAAAAUUGUUAUUAAGAAGAGGGAACCAUUAAAUUUUGCCAUCCCAGAUGGCAGUACAGGUUUCUCUAGUAGAUUAGCAGCUACACAAGAUCUGCCUUUCAUUCACCAGUCUCCUGAAUUAGGGGAUUUAGAUACCUGGCAGGAAAAUACCAAUGCGUGGGAAGAAGAAGACGACGCAGCCUGGCAAGCAGAAGAAGUGCUGAGGCAGCAGAAAAUAGCAGACCGAGAGAAGAGAUCAGCGGAACAGCAGAGGAAAAAGCUGGAAAAGGAAGCCCAGCGGCUGAUGAAGAAAGAGCAGAACAAAAUCGGGGUGAAGCUCUCGUAACGAAGCUUCUUGGUUCUCCAGGUAUGACAGUGCCAGUCGGAGGGACUGCCGGGCCCACCCACGCAACGUGUGGAGAUGUGAGCGUGUGUCCGAAUACACCCACUACGUGAGGGAAUGCCUUCGCAGAGCAUCCAGACUCCACGAUUCUCCCGCGGUACCAUGAUCUCUUAGCUAUUGAGACACACACACGUGACAAUAUUUUCUUCAACAUGCUUCAAAUAUCAGACAAUUGAUCGCUGUAGAGAAAUUAACUACAAAUGGAAUAUACCAGUACCUCUUCAGGCUAGUAUUUCUAGCUAACUACAUGGAUGUAAAUAAUUUUAUGGUGGACAAAGACUGCUGUUUACUAUGCUUUCUUUCAUUGUGCAUAAUGAUAAAAUAAAUCAUUUUAAAUACGCUCCUAUUUCCAUGAGUACCUGAUCUAACUCAGACAGACUCUAGGGCUUUCAACUUCCUGGUUUUUGUUAUCAGAAGCUAGCAUCUGAAUUCAUUUUCUCUAAUUUAAAAUGGUGAUAUAUGUUUGAUACAUUAAAGAGUUUGAUGAUUUGGAUUUUUGUUCCAGAAAAUAACAUUAAAUGCAAUUAUUUUAUUUAUGAUAAAGCUUUUUCUACGUUUUUGUGUUCUUUAAGAUCAUGUUGCAAUGUUAUUAUACAUAUUUGUAAUUUAUACUGCAUGUAAAAACACACCACAAAUUAGCUAAAAUGGUCACCUGUGUAACAUUAUUACAGCUUGUGAGUUUUUAAAGCUGGUCUCUGUUUGUUGCAGGUUCUAUGAUAUGACUUAUUUAUGUGUCGUCAUUCUUUCCUCUCCUUAAAGCCAUGAAUUCACAAAUGAAGGCCUUUGGUUCUAGUGCUUCAGCCCCCUAGAUGAGCGGUGCUCAGCCUUCUGGAUGCCGCGACCCUUUCCUGCAGCUCCUCAUGGUGGGUGACCCCCCCCAGCCAUCACAUUAUUUUUGUUGCUGCUUCAUAACUGUAAUGUUGCUACUGUUAUGAAUCGGGUGACCCCUGUGAAAGGGUCGUUCGACCCCCAAAGGGGUCACGACUCAGGUUGAGAACUGCUACCUUAGAUGGUCUCUGUAUCAGUUUUAUUUAUCUUACAUCAAGUCACCUGUAUUGUUAGCUAGGAUGAUAAUAUUGAUUCAUUAAAUUAUGAACCAAGAUAAGAAUAA